AUGGGUCGGUGGACGCUGCACAACCUUUUAUUUCUCAUGCUCCUCUGCAGCUUCUCAAGAAGCUUCACUCUGCUGGCUCCAGACCUGCUGAGGACAGACAGCCAGGAGAACAUCUACCUCCAGGCAGACAGUGUGUCCAGCCCCUUCACCGUCUCCAUCUCCAUCGUGGACUUCAAGUCGUCCCAGACCUUGCUCUUCAGGGACUCGGUCAGACUCAGUCCAGAAAAUGGAUUCCACGCUUUAAAGGCGAUACAGCUUCCCUCGCAUCGUUUGAACCGCGAAGAGAAAAGGAACAAGUUUGUGUAUCUGAAGGUGGACUUUGGGGGCUUCCACUCCGAGGAGAGGGUGCUGAUGGUGUCCUUUCACUCUGGAUACAUCUUCAUCCAGACAGACAAACCCAUCUACAACCCCGGAGACAUCGUUCGAUUCAGAGUCUUCGCGUCCUCUUUGUCCUUCAAGGCCUUUGAAAGCUCUGUCACAAUAGAUAUCAAGAAUACAGACGACGUGGUGGUUAAACAGAUCUCCAGGAUCAGACCUGCUGAUGGCGUCUUUUCUGACACUCUUCCUCUCUCUGAAUUCGUCAAUGAAGGAAAAUGGACGGUGACUGCAAUGUUUGACCACCGGCAGGAGAACACGUUCACCUCUGAGUUUCAGGUGAAGAAAUAUGUGCUUCCUGCCUUCAAUGUCACCCUGACGCCCAGGAAGUCCUUCCUCGACCUAGAUGACAGCCAGCUGGAGGUGGAGGUCUCGGCCAGGUACCUGUAUGGGGAACCGGUUCAGGGGAAGGCCUACGUGGUGUUUGGGGUGAAGAUCAACCAGGAGAUGAGAAGGUUGCCUUCAGUGAAGCAGGUGUCAAACCUGGAUGGAGGAGUCGUCAGUCUGAGCAUGGAGGAGAUCAAGAGAACUUACCCCAACGUCAGGGAUCUGGUGGGCAAGUCGUUGUAUGUGAAGGUCUCUGUGCUCACCAACUCAGGCAGCGACCUGGUUGAAGCAGAGAAGACUGGCAUUAAAAUAGUGGAGUCUCCGUAUGUGGUCUCCUUCAAAGACAUACCCAAGUACUUCAAGCCGGGCCUCCCCUUGGACUUUACAAUGCAGGUGAGCCACCAUGACGGCUCCCCGGCCCGAAACGUUGUGGUCACCUUGAAGCUGCUGAACACGGCCGUGGUCGUCUUCACCGGCAACGGCAGAGUCACCAUCAACAUGCCCGCUGAUAGACGCCAACAAACCAUCACGGCUGAGACCACGCAGGCUGACCUGAGACCAGAGCAGCAGGCCAAACAACAGGUCACUGUUCAGCCGUACGUCCCCUUCAACCAGUACCAACAGAACUACCUGUACAUCUCCACGGCGACCAACUUGGUGUCCUUAGAAGACCGGCUGUCCUUAAAGCUGAGCAUCGCUCCUUCUGACCCGACGCACAGACAAUUCAUCACACACAUCACCUACCUGGUGCUGAGUAAAAGCAAAAUCAUUGUUGCCGAGCGCGUGAACGUGACGGGUCAGCGGGUCACCGCCAUCGGGCUGACGGUCACCCCGGAGAUGAUGCCGUCGUUCCGCUUCGUGGCGUUCUACGGUAUUCCAUGGGAGGGGCGGGAGGAGGUGGUGUCGGACUCCAUCUGGGUGGAUGUGGCGGAUUCCUGCGUUGGAGGGCUGAAAGUUGGCCCGGUGGACAAAAUCGAGACUACAGCCGGGAAGAACUUUAGUUUUCAGGUCAGAGGUGAUCCGGGGGCAAAGGUCAGCCUGGUGGUUGUGGACAACGCUGUGUAUCUGCUCAACCAGGACAGACUUACACAGAGGAAGAUUUGGGGCGCGGUGGAGCACGGAGACAUCGGCUGCACCCGAGGGGGAGGCAGAGAUGCCGGAUCAGUGUUCUCAGACGCUGGACUGCUCUACGCCUCCAGCGCCGGGUUCCAAACCCAAACCAGACAAGACCUGCAGUGUCCACGCAGUGCCAGAAGGAGGCGUUCAGCCGAUCUGCUGCAGCGUAAAGCCCAGCUGGAGAGUCAUUACAAGGAGAAGCUGCAGCAUCGCUGCUGUAAGGACGGCCUCAGGGAGAUUCCCAUGCCGUACUCUUGCAUGCGACGCUCCUUCUACAUCACGGAGGGCUGGGAGUGCAUCAAGGCCUUCCGCUACUGCUGCGCCGCCUUCAGGAACCAGGCGUUUAACACGGAGAUUCCCACCACCCCGCCACCCUUGACCACAGCUCCACCCCGCAACUGCUUUAAAGACAUAUCCGAUCCUUUUAAUGUGAGGGAAGUGUGUGCGGGGCAAGUACUAGCUGGACCUAAAGGUUCGCCUGGACUGCCCGUAUUGCUUGGACCUCAACUGCACAUGACCUAUUCGAAUGCAAACAAAAUGGCGGAAGAAGAAGAAGUGGAGGAGGAUGAGGAGGAGGAGGAAGAGGAAUAUCUGGAUGAGACUCAAGUGUAUCUGCGAUCCAAGUUCUACGAGUCUUGGCUGUGGACGGAUGUCAAACUGCCCAACCAGGCUCACAGAGACGGGUUGGCGUUGAAGAACGUGGACCAUCCCUUACCCGACAGCAUCACAGAGUGGGGAAUUCUGGCCAUCAGUGCAUCACUUCACACAGGCUUCUGUGUUGCGGAGCCGUACAACGUCAGAGCCUGGAAGCGUUUCUUCGUGGACCUGAAGCUGCCGUAUUCAGUGGCGAGGAACGAACAGGUCCAGAUUAAAGCGGUGGUGCAUAACUACUGGGAGGAAGACCUGCAGGUGAGGGUGGUGCUGAUGAAGACAGAAGGCAUGUGCAGCAUUGCCUUCAAGAACCAACACAAGCAGGAAGUGAGUGUGCCGGCCGGAUCUUCUGUCACGGUGCCGUACACCAUCAUGCCGCUGGUGGUGGGGAAACUUCCUCUGGAGGUGAUGGUGGUGGGCAAAGACAUGAUGGGAGGAGACCGCAUCCAGAAACUACUCCGGGUGGUGCUGGAUGGAGUGCAGAAGACUAAUGUUUGGAGUACGGUGUUGAACCCGUCUGCUGAGGGAGGAACGCAAACUGUCCAUGUGGACAAGAUUCAACUGGAGUCAGUUGUGCCGAACUCUGUGCCACAGUCAUUCAUCAAUGUCAGAGGCAAUGUGUUGGCAGACAGCAUUGAUAACUCCAUCAGUGAGGACUCCCUGGCCUCCCUGAUCCGGAUGCCCGGCGGCUGUGUGGAGCAGAACUUGGCCAGAAUCACUCUGCCGCUCAUCGGCACGCUCUACCUGGAGCGAACCAACAACUGGGAGAGUGUAGGUGUGGAGCGCAAGGCUGAAGCUCUCCGCUACAUCAAGAGAGGCUAUGAGAUACAGCUGCAUUUCAGAAAGAGUGAUGGCUCCUACCCCCCCUACAGGAAGGAAGGUGCAAGUACAUGGAUCACAGCGUACGCGGUGAAAGUUUUCUCCAUGGCUCACUCCAUCAUCGGCAUCAAAAGAGAGCAUGUGUGCGACCCUCUGAACUACCUGGUGACGAAGAAACAUCAGCUUCACAGGGGCAACUUUGUGGAGAGCAAUCCGGUUUACAGCACUACCAUGACGGGGAUGCUGCGGGAGUAUGUGGUGCCGGACCCGUUGCAACGAGCCAUCCACUCUCUGCAGAUCAGUGCGGCUGCAGCAGUAAAACAGACGCUGCACCGGACUGUCUGGGUGAAGAGGGAGCUGAGUCGGAAGGAAGUGUAG